CCCACUCCCACCCACGGCCAGCCCGGAGCCGGCUCGUUCACUAUCGCCUGUUCCACACAUAUCAAGGCCACACCUCGCACAUGUCUUGAAGUUCUUCUGAAGGCGUCAGAGUACCCAACAUGGAAUCGCUACUGCCGGAAAUGCAUCAUAGACGCUCAGCCGGACGGAAACCAGCCCAAGGACAAAUAUGACAAAAAUCUGUUCCUCCACCUAGGCACCAAAUUCACUUUCCAUGUCCAUAUGCACCCUCUAUCAGAGGACAGCAGCGCCCGCAACACCGCGCUCAAAGUCAGUCGUCUGGAGAGGAUUGAUGAGUUUCUCCAGCUCCGCCGCACCGGCUUCCGCAUAGCCUGGAAGACUCGCCCCACAGCCUUCAUGCCAAGCUGGAUGCUCCGAUGCGAGCGCGUGCAGGAGUUUGUCGAAGUUCAUCCUCCCUUGGGAACGCUUGACGAGCCAGAGACGGCGUAUCAGUGCUGGGAGACGUUUUACGGAGUGUUGGCGCCUGUGGUGAAGGCGGCAGCGGGCAGUCAGAUCGUGAGGGGUUUUGAUGUGUGGAUGGAGGGGUUGAAGAAGAGGGCGGAG